CAGUUCUGCGCCGAGGCCGAGUUUAGUUCUACUCGUCUGCAUUGGAGUCGACGAAGACGAGCACUGCAGUGUGAACGGGCGCCGCACAUUUCGGAACUACUGCUUCUGAAACGCACACAAGAUCGAGUGACCCUGCGGAGGCUCACCAUGUUGGGACUGAGCAACCGGGCUCUAGUGCUCUGCUGCCUCGUGCUGGCCGUCCGAGGGCCUUCGGUCCAGGCUGGAAAUGUCGGUCCAUCGUCGACGUCAGAGGUGCCCGCCGCCCAUUUCGAGCCGCAGGUCGCCGUCAUGUGCGAGCCGAGGGCCACCUACCACAACCAGUAUAUGACCGAGACGGGUCAUUGGGUCUCCGACCCUGAGACCAAAGCCAUCUGUCCGCGCGACAAGAUGGCUGUCCUCGACUACUGCAAAAAGGUGUAUCCAAAGAGGGACAUCACCAACAUUGUGGAGGCGAGCCACUACCUUAAAGUGCCCAACUGGUGCAAAGUAGGCCAGAGGAAAUGCAAAAUCUCCCGUUGGGUCAAGCCCUACCGCUGCUUAGAGGGUCCAUUCCAAUCCGAUGCCCUUCUCGUACCUGAGACCUGCCUCUUUGACCACAUCCACAACCAGACCAAAUGCUGGGAAUUUGCCUUGUGGAACCAGACGGCCGCCCUGGCCUGUCAGAGUCGCGACAUGAUUCUGCGGAGCUUUGCCAUGCUGCUGCCUUGCGGAAUUUCCCUCUUCAAUGGGGUGGAAUUUGUGUGCUGUCCAAAGCAUGCCAAGGAUAACAUGAAGCCAAAGAAGCCGAUUGACCUGACUCUCUCAGUCGAUCCUGAGGGUCAGAUGGCUGAUGUGCUGUCCAGCGACAAGUUGGGCCUCGAGGGAACGGCCAGCACGACCUCUGACGAGGACGACGCUGACAACAGCGACGAGGAUGCAGACGACGCUUUGAAUCGCGAUGACGCUGAUGACGAAGAAGACGACGACUACGGUGAGGGAGAGGACGGCGACGACGAUGUCGACGACAUGCAGGGCUUUGGCGCUAGCUCGACGGCCGCGCCUGGUGCUCCGACGCCGACCAGCGCUUCACCAGUGGCCAACAGCCAGCCGGCGGCCGCGCAGCCCACCGGCCAGCAGGUGCCCACUCCCGACCCCUACUUCACCCACUUUGACCCCCGGGGCGAGCACCAGGCUUACAAAGAGGCACAGCAGCGGCUUGAGGAAAUGCACAGGGAGAAGGUCACCAAGGUGAUGAAGGACUGGUCGGACCUGGAGGAGCGCUACCAAGACAUGCGUCAGAAUGACCCACGUGCGGCCGACGACUUCAAAAAGAAGAUGACCCAGCGCUUCCAGAAGACGGUGCAGGCUUUGGAGGAGGAAGGUGACGCUGAGAAGCACCAGUUGACUGCAAUGCACCAGCAGCGCGUCAUGGCGCACAUCAACGAGCGCAAGAAAGAGGCCAUGGCUUGCUACACCGACGCCCUCAGCGAAAAUCCACCAAAUACCCACCGAGUGCAGAAGUGCCUGCAGAAGCUGCUGCGAUCCCUGCACAAGGACCGCCACCACAGCAUCGCACACUACCGCCACCUGCUCGUCUCCAGCCCUGACCAGGCUGAUCGAGAGCGUAGUCUCACCCUGGAGCACCUCGUCGACAUCGACAAGAUGGUCAACCAGUCCCUCCUGAUGCUUGACCACUACCCUGAGUUGUCGGCAAAGAUCCGAGUGCUGAUGGAAGACUACCUGACUGCUCUCAGAACUAAAGACGAGACCCCAGGCUCCCUCCUUUCCAUGUCCAGGGACUCUGAAGCCGCCAUUCUCGACAAAUUCAGAGCAGAAGUGCAAGCACGACAAGAAGAGAAAGAUCGUCAGAAGAUGAUGGAACGUCAGCGCAAGGAGCAGCGCAAGGCUGAGCGACUACAGCAGAAGGAAAUCCAGCGACACGGCGAAAGUCAAAAGAUGGACACGCACUAUGACUCGGACAUUGUCGAGGAGGAGCGUGCCCUGCCCUCGUCGCUUCCAUCUGCAGAGGCCCCAGCCACCUUGCACACCCAGCAUGAGCCGCUGCCCAAGCCGGCUCAUUCCCAGACACACGACAUCAGUCACGGAGAACCUACUUUCUCUGUCCGUCGUGAGGUGUAUCACAGGGAGAGAAGGAGCGUCUACUUCACUCUGAUCUUCGCUGGAGUGGCCAUCAUGGCCGCUGGACUUGUCGGUGUUGCCGUUCUGCGAAGAAGGAACGCCCGUUCUCCUCAGAACCAGGGCUUCAUUGAAGUCGACCAGGCUGCAACACCAGAGGAACGCCACGUAGCCAACAUGCAGAUCAAUGGAUACGAGAAUCCAACUUACAAAUAUUUUGAAGCUAAAGAGUAAGCGAUAUCAAAAGCAACAGAUGUGUAAUCGAGACGCUCUCCUGGUAAACGUUCUAAUUUCCUUGUGCAUUGGGGAGUAAAAAGGGGAAUUCUCUCACACAAACUCACUCACAUGUAUGAGCGCAGAGAUCACCUCUAUGCAAACAAUAUAGCGCAGAUUUUAUGUUGGGUGUAAAUUUUAAGGUUACGAAUAUAUCAAACUCAUUAUGCACACAAGAUACAAUUAGAUCAAACUGGACAUUUUGAAAUUGCGUGCGCGAAUAACAGUUUUGGGGGGUUUACAAGACAAAACAACACAGAGGAAUAAUAGGUAAGAUCGCUUCACAUCUAUGAUUGUUCAUAAUAAGAAAGAAAACAAAAAUAGUCCUGUAUUUUUGCAUGUUUAGAGAUGAUCUACUGAUUUGUACUUAUUGUGUCUCUCGUGUAACAACAUUUCAUUGAACCAGCACAUUUUGCUGCCACUUGGUUUCAAAUUUGUCUCUAUUUUUCAAUCACGCUGCUUCUUCUUGGAAAGAGAGAAAAAGAGUUAUCGUCGAUUUGCAUAAAUGAAUUUGUGCCAUUUUUCUAAACAAAUAAUAAACAUCAAUUAUUUCCACGUUUUAGCUAAAAUGAGAUAAUAUGUAUAGAGGAUACUGUGCGAGGGCGCCACAACCACUCACAAUAAGAAAGGGAAAGAAAAUUUGCGAAUUUAUAGCUGCCACUUUUCAUUCGGCUUGAGGGUUCGACGCAUAAUUUAAAAGUGCUUCUAUCACACAAAAACAGGAUUUGCAACCUUACGAAGCGCGAAAAUUAUUAACUACUUUUAAGUGCGCGACGGGGGUACGUGCUUGCCAUAAUAGGCUUAAAUUGAGUGUCCAUAAGGGAAUAGUAGCAAAUUCCAAUUGUAUAUGUAUAAACGCAAAUUUAAAGAGUGAACACGAAAGCAGUAUAACUCGUAGCCGCAGUACGGAUUAUCAUCAUCCUGGAGCAAGGGCACACAGAGUCACGCAUAACACUUUUGCCUCUCAAGAUUUCCUCUACACUUUUGCACUUUGACCCAGAAUUAUUUCAGACAAAAUAAAAAGUACGCGACUGGUAUAAAAGCAGUUGAGUUUGUAAAUAUAAUAUCAAAAGAGUUUGGCCGAGCAGAGACUUUUGACAGUAAACAGGAAAACGAUGGGCACCAGCUUCACUUUUAUGUAUGUAUAGAUGUUGUGGCAAUGACAACAUUUGUUUGACAGGAGUAUUAAUUUCUCCGUUUUGUAAUGUAGCGAUCUCUGGUGCUCUUACUUAUUGACUACUCGAUCGAGACAAACAUGAAAAACCUUAAACCCAGGUCGGCGCCCCAAGAGGUGGCAGUAAAUGUUUAGACAGUUUUUACACCAAUUUGAACUUCCUGGAAAGCAAACGUCACGGCGCGUGCCGAGGAUUUGAGGUUUUUUCAAGCUGAAUUCGGCAGCUUAUAUAAUUAUUCAUUGUAUAUUUAAAAAGAGCAGAGGAGGAAACAAAUUUUAAGAGUGAUUAUCAAUACGCGAUCGUUUUGUUUAAAUCGGUAAAAUCAAUUAUUUUGUAUAAUCAAUAAAACCCGAAACAUAAAAUGCAUUUCUUUCCUUGAUUUUUAAAAAAAUAUAUGCAGUAAAAAGAAAAAUCUCGAAUAAAAAUGUUAGUCCUAAUUGUCCUAACAAGUGUAAGAAGAAAUGUCUGAUGUAAUUGAUAGUCGAGCAAACAGAGCAUUCCUUUUCAUAUUAUAGAAAGAUAUAACUGGAUGAAAUCAUGUUGAGAGGGCGAUAUGUGAAUCUCUAGCUUGUAGCGUCAAAGUAAUUCAUGUAUGUAUAAAUGGGCCCCUGAAAUUAAAUUACCGGAAAUAACGAGAUACGUGUGUGUUUUGGAAAAAUCAAAAAAUGCACUCACUAUACACAAAAACACAUACACUCAAUAUUAAAAAGAGAGAACAAAAUGCUAUAUCAAACGAAGUUUAAUUGUUUUGCUUUCGAAAGUGCAGAGGUAGCUUAACACCCAUCAUGAUUUUACAAAGACACGCAAUUCGUUGAUGUUGAUUUGCCUAGAAAAUCCGAACAACAUGAGAUCAGACACAACACACAUAUGCGUUCACAGGAAAUUUUACAUUAGACUUGAUAGCAUUAAGAUCAGGAGUAACCAAGAACAGAGGAGCUUUGGCCAUAAUAAAGUGUAAUUACUGAGACUCGUAUUAUUCCCUCCUACAAAGUGGCAAAACUACAAUGGUCAUACACUCGCGUUUUCAGUUCUAUAUAUAUAUCAGCCGGUUCCUCUGUUCUUCUCGCAUGGAGCAGACGGCUCUUCACGAUGUACCAAAAUAUUUUAACAUUUAGUCGACACGACGACUUGGGUCGCUGCUGGUUUCUUUCCUGUCCACGCUUUAAUCAGUAUGUUGAUUCAUUUUGAUGUAAUUUUCACGGUGAUCUUGAUGGCCAUUGUAAUUUUCCCUUCAGCAGUAAUAAAUUGAUGUAAGAGUUAUAUAA